ACUAAUACUUCGAUAUACAAUAGUUUAUAUAGUGGUAUUGAUCUAAUUAAUGAUUCUUUAAAUAAUGACAAUCAUAUUAAUAUUUAUGAUGAAUUAUUGAAAAGAAAAGAAAAUGAAUUAUUUGGGACAAAUCAUCCAAAAAAUACAAACUGAACAAAUAUUAUUGCCAAACAAACAAAUCGUGAUCCUAUAGGCAGUCAGUUAAUUUUAUUUCAUAAAUGGCUAGAUAAAAAUCGUUAUAUGUGCGAAAAGUGGAGUAAUAAAGAGGAAAUGUUGAACAAAUUGAAUGAAGAGUAGAAUAAGGAAAAUAACACCCAUAUGUCAAUGGAUAUAUAUGACGAAAAUAACCAUAAAGUACAUCUAAUUCAUGAUGAAUAUAAUUUAAAUAAUACACAAAAUAAUUAA